AUGGAGGUGCAAAGUCGAUCUAUCCCAACUUCCCUUGAUGGUAGGUUCAUUAUAACAUGUUGGAUUCUUGGACUUGGAUCUCUUCUAUCUUGGAAUGCCAUGUUGACAAUAGGAGAUUACUAUUAUCAAUUGUUUCCUAAAUACCAUCCUUCAAGGGUGCUUACCCUUGUCUAUCAUCCAUUUGCAAUUGGAACAAUGGCAAUUCUUGCAUACAAAGAAGAAAAGCUCAAUACAAGAAAACGAAACUUAGUCGGAUAUAUACUAUAUUUCUUGGGCACAUCUGCGCUCCUACUGUUGGAUUUAGGCACAUCAGGGAAGGGUGGACUCGGAAAUUACAUAGGAAUUUGUGUUGUUGCUGCAUCUUUUGGAGUUGCAGAUGCCAAUGUUCAAGGUGGAAUGGUUGGAGACCUGUCUUUCAUGUGUCCUGAAUUCAUGCAAUCAUACUUAGCUGGUUUAGCUGCUUCAGGGGCACUGACUUCUGUGUUCAGAUUAGUGACAAAAGCAGCUUUUGAGCACUCCAGUAAUGGUCUCAGGAAAGGAGUUAUCUUGUUUUUGGCAAUCUCCGCAUUCAUUGAAUUCCUAUGUAUUGUUCUUUAUGCAUUCGUCUUCCCCAAAUUUCCAAUCGUCAAAUACUAUCGCUCAAAGGCAGCUUCAGAGGGAUUAAAAACUGUUUUAGCAGAUUUAGCCGCAGCUGGCAUCACAACGCCAACUCAAAUUGGCGAUGAUGCAAAUAACCAGGUGGGGAGGCUGAGCAAGAAGGAGUUGUUCAUAAAAAACAUUGAUUAUGCUUUGGACCUCAACCUCAUAUAUGUUUUAACCUUAUCAAUUUUCCCUGGAUUUUUAUACGAAAAUACUGGAACCCACAACCUUGGCUCAUGGUAUGCUAUAGUUCUGAUAGCAAUGUACAAUGCCUUGGAUCUUAUAGCAAGAUACAUUCCCCUCAUCAAGAAACUUGAGUUGAAAUCCAGGAAGGGGCUGAUGGUAGCAAUAUUAUCCCGUUUCUUGCUGAUCCCGUGUUUCUAUUUCACUGCUAAAUACGGCAAUCAAGGAUGGAUGAUCAUGCUCGUAUCUUUCCUCGGACUAACAAAUGGUUAUCUCACAGUCUGUGUCCUCACUACUGCUCCUAAAGGUUACAAUGGACCAGAGGCAAAUGCAUUGGGUAACAUUCUAAUGCUAUGUCUUCUUAUUGGCAUGUGUUUUGGUGUGGCUCUUGGCUGGUUGUGGCUAAUUGGUAAUAGUGAUUUUUGA